GGUGGCCGGAGGGUGAUUCGUAGAGUUGUCGAGCCCCGUCCAUAGCUUCUCUAACCGCUGCUUGCACUGCGGCUUGCAUAAGUGACUGAAUAUCAAAAACGUCCGCGUUGUUGCCGUUUGUUCGGUGCACUUGUCCCAGCAUCAGCGUUGCUGUGAGUGUGGUGUCCCAUGCGAAUCGUGCCGUAAAGCCCACUUGAUGGUGUCGCAUCGCUGUCCGCGCCCUCUUCUCCAUUCCUGUGGCUGUUAACGACUUGUACGUUGUCGUCGACUACGUUCGCCAGGUUUUGGUCAACAGUAGUGCUGGAUUCUGUCAGCGUCCCGUCCAUCGUUCGCGGAGCGUCCACGUUACGUGUUGCACGGCGCGUGAGCAUACUUUGCAAUCCAACUCAAUCAAAGCCCACCUUGUUCUGAUGAUGAAAAUGGCGAGUCGAUCCCACUUCUGAUUUCUGUAGGCUUCAAACGAGAAGGGUUUAUUUGUCUUGCAUUAUACACACACAUAGGAGUAGAUUAACUUAUGAGUAGGAGUACGCGUAGAGCGUUGCUGCGCGUGAUCAUGUUCUGUUCGUUGCUCCUUGGGAAGUGUAUGUUCCAAGGUAUAUCUAAGCAGGUAGCGCAACUCCCAUAGGCCCCUGUGUCUUCAGAAUGACGCCAUGAUAGAGACAGUCAGCGCCAUCCAUCCGUUGAGCGGACUACUACGAUUGUAAAUAAAUGACGUCAGCACUAUGAAUAAUAAGUAGUGCAUAAUUAGGCAUGGCACGUUUACAUUCGUGCACUUUGUUUGCGUUGUAUACCCUUUUCCUCACCCAAGCAACAACACCAGACAAGAAUAUAGAAAAAUAAAUCACAACAAGUUUAAUUAAAUAUAUCAGUUCGAAAUACAUAGAGUUAUCACAGAUUUAUACAAUUCCAUACUGAAGGGCAUCGUGAUGACCACACAGAAAUUAGCAAGAUUCCCUUAAGUUCCAUUUCUCUCCUAGAGCUACACGUACACGUAGUGAUUAGACGCUUGCAUUUAUUCAGUGAGUGGCUAUUAUAGGUAAAUUGCAACGAAACAUGGCAUCGUUGGUGCACACCUGAUUCCUGCUAACACUCACGCUAUCAUGGCCGCUCGUCCCAUGACGAAUUUUUUUUUCGCGGGGCCAGCAACAGGGGAUGCAUUGUAUUUAUCUGUUUACACAAGUGGUUCUUGGUCUACAGCUCCGAGAUGUGAACGUCGUUUCCUGUUUAACCCAAGAAGUGUACCAACUCAGUAUUACAAUGCACGGACACACGGCACGGAUACAGAGAUGCACGGAUAAACACGCCCACUCUGACACAUGCGCAAAGAGAGCAGGACACGGAAAUGUACUCGGGUGGUAGAUGAUUUCGUAUAUGUGCACGAGCAGGACAACAGAAAGUUUUUCUACAUUGAAAUUAUGAACAACCUAUUAGUACACACACAAGCCACGCCCAUGUUGUAAAGUUUUUGUGUUUACGACAGUACCUCUACUGUCAACAACCAGGAUCGCUCGCGCCUCUCGCUGGUGGCUUUGCCGAUGGGUCUGAUUUGGUAUUUUCGCUUAUUUUCGCUACCAGUUUAUAUAUACCUUGUAUGUUCUCCCUCCCUGUAGCAUGGUUGCCAACCUAUAAGCGUGACACCGAAACUAAGUCUUGUAUUUUGCCUAUAGUACGUAACAGAUUGCGUUAUUGGUUUUGCGCAUUUCGCGAAGCUCUCUUUCGGUCAUGGGCGUGCGUAGAACCAUCAAAACUAUCCCUUACGUACGCAAAGGCGAUAGCGUACGUAACAGAUAGCGUUGGUGGUUCUGCGCACUGCGCGAAGCUCUCUUUCGGUUAUGGGCGUGCGUAGAACCAUCAAGACUAUCCCUUACGAUGUACUAAAACCUGUGCCUUGUUGUAUCCACGAUAGGAACACCGGAGUGCGGAUUAUUUCUCCUGCAAACCAUGUAAACAUGAAGAUAUCACGCCCUCCUACUCUUACUGCUUAUCGACACCAGACAAUUUCGCCGACGAGAAACAAACCUUAUCUCUUACAUCGACACCCUCACACAACAACCUCUUUUUUUUUUUUUUAUCCCCAGUUUUGGUGAAAGGCGUCUUAACGCUAAUUGAACGAGGCAUAUUUGUUGAGGUUGGUUCUCGCAAGGACACAUCGCUAAAGUGCAUGCCAUGAAGCAUCACUUCAAGUAAAUAGUAAAAAGUAGCACAGUAAGCCCUAGUGAACAGUAGUAAAUUGUAAAAUAAAUAAGAAUAGGAUAACACUUUGAGAACAGAAGUGCAAUAAAGAAUUAGAAGACAACAAUUUCCUUUUGUGUCAAUUUGAUUUAGUUACUAAUGCAGCUCUCCCCGUAGUUGCGAAGAAGGAGGGAAUAUGUUUAUUAAGAAAAAAGAAAGGAAAGGUCAGCCAGACGGAGGUCGGCUUGCUAUUCCAAAAAAAAAUGAAAAAUGGGGGAAGAAAAGAAAAUGAAAAGACAAAGAAGAAAAGGAAAGGAAGAACACAAAACCAACUGAAAAGUCACAGACACGGUCACACAGUCACAAGGCGUUGACGAUGUUCGAAGCCUGGAGAAAGCGGAGGAGCGCAGUGGUUUCUGCCGACUGGGUCGACUGACGAACGGGACCCAGUAAGGAAGCCAGUGUCAUAGUGCCGUAGCCAAGCUGGGAUAGACGACGACAGAGGGCGUCACGGUGUAGAAGGUGUUGCCGGCAGUGUAGGAUGCAGUAGGGAAUAUCACCCACCACGCCACAGCUAGUGCAGAGGGGAGUGCUAGACUGACCCAUUUUGAACAGUUGCAGCGGUGUGCGGGCGACGUUUAGACGAAGACGGUGCAGGAGCGAUUCCUCGUGACGAGUGCAGCGACACGUAAUAAAGAAGUCCACUGCGGGGUCGAUUGGUUGCAGGUGACUGUUGUAUGAGGCAGCCUCAGCUCUGAACGCUUGGGCCCGAGCAGCACACCGGUGGCGUAUAGAUAUACAACAAGCAGAAACAGUAAGGGGCAGAUGAACCGUAGCAUGAGUCACCACCCAGGCAGCACACGACAUCGGGCCGAUGUUGCAUCGGGCAAGUUGGGCAUGUCGGCCCGAUAUAUCUCUGACACUGCCAACUUGUGGCCGAUAUACAACAGAAGCUGGCAAUGUCGGCUCAAUGUUGACACAAAAAAAACGUCAUGGCGCCGACAAUGCGAACUUCCAGCAGAUAUCCCCCUGAAGUUGGCAAUGUCGGCUCGAUGUUGAUCAAAAUCAGCGACAUGUAGCCGACAAUGCCAACUUGCAAGAGAUAUCAUCCCGAAGUUGGCAAUGUCGGCUCGAUGUUGAUUGAAACCAGUGACAUGCAGCCGACAAUGCCAACUUGCAACAAAUAUCACGCUGAAGUUGGCAAUGUCGGCUCGAUGUUGAUUGAAACCAGUGACAUGCAGCCGACAAUGCCAACUUGCAAGAGAUAUCAUCCCGAAGUUGGCAAUGUCGGCUUGAUGUUGAUCGAAACCAGCGACAUGAUGCAGCCGAGAAUGCAAACUUGCAAUGAAUAUCCUGCUGAAGUUGGCAAUGUCGGUCGUGUUCUGUCGUGUCGGUUCGUUAUCUAUUCGAGGGCCAAACUUGCAAUGAAACAUGUUUUCACAAAUGUCUAGUGCGCUUCAUAGAAGCGGUAAUUAAAUAUGCAAUUAUAUAAUAGCACAUUACACUGACUGAAAAUGAAAAACAUGCUUCCUUAAUUUUGCAUGCUACACCACGUAAACGUAUAUAGGAGGACAUUCACAAAUUAGCGUCCUGAGUCCUUCGCAGCUUGGCAAAAAUCCCUGGUGAAUUUGCAGAGGCGUAAGGAGCAGCAUUGAUAAGCAUGACGACGUCACUCGGGGUUCCAAAGAGAGUAAUUUAUCUGUUUGCGGGCAAAAGUUGACACAAAAUAUGUUUUCACAAAUGUCUGGUGCGCUUCAUAGAACCCCCGAACCCGAACCAUGGAACCCGAACCCUGCGCCGAAGAAAAGGCUGAGGCUCCCAUCACCACCCUGUGACAGAGACGGCCUGACUUGCAGUCCUCUGCACGAGACACAAUGGCCAUCGAGCAGUGCCCUUGUGACUUCACAGCGAGAGGCCAGCAAUACAAACAGCGAGCCUGUGAUGCCACUUGGUCCAAGCAGUGUCUCGUUCAACCAGGACACACACUCCCAGGGACAGUACUCUCCACCUAGUUGCAGCAGACUUGCAACAGCAGCUCACGACACUGAAGAUGGUGUCACCCAGAGCCCUGAGGGACCUCUCGCAGAGGGUUGCUGCGCUUGAAGGGCAAGGGGGAGCCACAGUGCAAACUGGGGACAGCAGCGGUAUCCUCGAGGAGCUUUUCAAGGAGCCACUGUCCACCAUCCAGGAGUGGGACGCCCUUGAAGAGGAACUCCAGGACAGCGCCACAAGGAAGGCCGUAGUAAGUGCCACAAAUAAGUAAACCUCAUGUUAUUUGGCAUAGCCCAACCAUACUUACAAUAUCUUAAGCAAGUGUCACUGCGCCUACUGCACACACACAAGUGACGAUGUCACAUAGAGGACUACAGUAGUGUACAACCGUUUUUGUUGUUAGCCAAUCAGAGUAGUAUACAAAGAAUAUUACUGGGGAGGGAGAGUUUCCCAAGCUAUCUUUACAAACUCUGAGGAAAAGCAAUAUGCUGAAGGUUGUCAAGGUAACUUGAUCGAUUUAUGCAAUACAGGCCAGAAAUACUUUGCCUACACAGUCACUUACAUGUACGCUCUGUCAAUCUGCCCUUAUUAUUAGUAGUAGUAGUUGUAGUAGUAGAAUCAGUAUUACUGUGACGUCUACACAGACUACCAACUACUUACGCUAUUGUUAGUAUGGCAUUUUGCCCUUUUGUAUUGUGAGUGACCUCUGUGUGGUAAAAUGUAACGAACUAUUUUCAUAUUGUUUAGAUGAGCCGACUUGCUGUUGUAGGGGGAAGCAACCUCAAUGAUGUGGUGCGCCUCAUCAUGGAGACCUGCACACGAAAAUCCCUGCAGCAGCAGGUAACGGUUGAGGGCCGUAAUGGUAAACGGGCCUUCAAGGGUACGCAAUUAUUCGCGUGCGUGCUUGGUAAGUCACAUUUUGCAUGUUUUUGCCUUGCUUUUAUAUUGCCCAUCUUUCCUAAAUAAUGAAAGCUGUGCUGAGUGAUGAACAUGAGACUGAUCUUGCAGUUCAUCAGGUUCCUUCAGUGUAUUUUCUCGGAACCUGUUACUGUGGUUUCAUCCUGAUACUCAACGUGAACAUGUAGAUCAAUCGGCUGUUGGCAGUCGCCUGGGAAACUUCUGCAAGAUUCCAUGAGAAGAAUGAAACCCAUGAUUUGUAUGCUCAACUAAUAGACUGGGCUAGUGCAUUUUCUUCAUAUGUGUACAUAAAUUAUUAAGUCCAACAUUUUUUCUCAUGAAUAGGUGAAAUUUUCACAGCUUUUCUCAAGAUAAGGUUAUCCUUAACACGUUAUUUGUGUGGUAUUAGUAAGAAUCCCAAUGACAUGUAUGAGCUGAUUGAAAUGCAGGAGCUGCACCUUAUGGUCGUAUCUUGCUAUGAUAUCAGCAACACCAAAAAUUAUGAAGACAUGUACACCUGAAACACCCUUCAAUGCUAUCUCACAAGAAACAUCACUUCACGUGUGUGUUUGGUGAGUGGUAUUUCGGUGGUAGUUAUCCUUCGCUGCUGCUCAUGUGUUACAUUAGGAAUGUAACAGAGCCUCAUUAGUUUCGUGGUUGUGCCAUUGAUUAUAUGGAAGCAUGAAAACUGCAACUCUAAUAGAUGAACAACCUUUUUUUGUGGUGAUUGUUUGUGAAUGUGAUAUACAUUUUCUGUAAAUUAAUAUGUGCUGUUUUAUUUUUUUCAAAGCGGCUGUCCACAAGCGGAUGAAUAUCCUCAGCAUUGAGGUCACCGACAAGGAAAUCACCUCCAGAAUCGGCAGGUACCUCAUGUGUGCCAUAGACAGGGAAGGCGGGAGAAAAGAGAGGUUGACGAAAGAUAAAUAAAUGUGCAAU